UUCUCUUUUAUUCACAAUUCAAUAACAAUUUGCCAUGGCUUUUUCCUUCUCCUCCAAAACACUUGUCCUGGCCUGCUCCUUCUUUCUAUUUGUGUCUUUGGCUUUUGGACGCGAUUUCUCCAUUGUGGGGUAUUCAUCGGAGGACUUGAAGUCCAUGGAUAAGCUCAUUGAACUCUUUGAAUCAUGGAUAUCAAAACAUGGCAAGAUUUAUGAUACCAUUGAGGAAAAGCUUCUUAGGUUCGAGAUUUUCAAGGAUAACCUUAAACACAUAGAUGACAGAAACAAGGUUGUCAGCAACUACUGGCUGGGGCUGAACGAGUUUGCGGAUUUGAGCCACCAUGAGUUCAAGAACAAGUACCUGGGUUUGAAGGUUGACUUGUCUGGAAGGAGAGAGUCACCAGAGGAAUUCACUUACAGAGAUGUUGAUUUUCCAAAGUCAGUGGAUUGGAGAAAGAAAGGUGCUGUAACCCAAGUUAAGAACCAAGGUUCAUGUGGUAGUUGCUGGGCAUUUUCCACUGUUGCAGCUGUUGAGGGAAUAAACCAGAUUGUGACGGGAAAUUUAACAUCUUUGUCUGAGCAAGAGUUAAUUGACUGUGACAGAACUUACAACAAUGGUUGCAAUGGGGGUCUCAUGGACUAUGCAUUCUCCUUUAUAGCAGAAAAUGGUGGAAUCCAUAAAGAGGACGAUUAUCCUUACAUUAUGGAUGAAGGUACUUGCGAGAUGAGAAAGGAAGAAACUGAAGUUGUCACCAUUAGCGGGUAUCAUGACGUGCCACAAAACAAUGAACAGAGCCUAUUGAAGGCACUUGCAAACCAACCUCUCAGUGUGGCCAUAGAUGCUUCAGGCAGAGAUUUCCAAUUUUAUAGUGGAGGUGUUUUCGAUGGACAAUGCGGAAGUGAACUAGAUCACGGUGUGGCAGCUGUUGGAUAUGGUACUACAUCGAAAGGGUUGGAUUAUGUCAUAGUGAAAAAUUCAUGGGGAUCGAAGUGGGGAGAGAAAGGGUAUAUAAGGAUGAGGAGAAACAUCGGAAAGGCCGAGGGGAUCUGUGGAAUCUACAAGAUGGCUUCUUAUCCCACUAAGAAGAAAUAAGAUUCAAUGA